AUGGGGGAAUCAGAACUAUCUCUUUCUUCUUUAUCGGGGUUUCCUUCUCUUGGUGAGGCGAAGGGCCCUCCCGCUCCCCCUCCCGUACCUGCGGGUGCCUGGGGCCUGCGAGCAGCAGCAGCAAAAGUUGCUGCAGCAGCAGCAGCAGCAGCAGCUCGUUCCUUUGACAACGAUACCACAGACAAGGACACCUCUAAGCAUGCAGCAGAAGGUUCUUCGUCUUCUGUGGGAGAGUGCUUGAAGAGGAUCGAAGGAGACACAUCGAACGCAGCAACAAGCAACAAAGCAGCAAGCUGUUCCAAUCCUUCUCCACCUGCUCCAAGUCCUAAGAGCCCUUCAACUUGUGCAGAAGGUCCUCCGCUGCCUGAAGGAGACAGCAGCAGGAGCGACAAGACUGGGGAUCCACAGCAGCAGCAGCCGCAGGAGCCGCAGCAGCAGCAGCAGCAGCAGCAGCGGCCGGAGGAGAGGAUUGAGGGUGGGGUUGUUGUUAGUGGAAGCUCUCGGGAUUCAUGCAGCAGCGUGGAGUUGAAUGACGUGGAGGAGAAGAGGGAAGUGGAGGUGUGUAGUUUAGAAGGAGAGGAUGGGGAUCGGGAUCGGGAUCGGGAUCGUGGGGUGGAUGGGGGAUCGAGUGUGGGGUGUGGUUCAGGUGUAUGUUGCAUAGGAAAUGAGAUAGGUGGUGAUGAUAAGGAGAGCACAGAGGCAUCGUUGAGAGAUUUUUUCUCUCCUUUAUCUCGAGAACAGCUGUUAGAUUUAUUAUCUUGGGCAGCUUUAAGAGACCGUCAGGUGUAUCUACGGUGUGUAGAGAGAGUGCAUGCUUCUCCUUCUUCACGAAGAUUGAUGGUUAGAAACAUACCUUUCUGUACAACAGAUGAGAGCUUUAGGGCUUUCUUUCUGUCUUUUGGCGGAGUAGAAGAUGCCUUAAUUGUGAGAGAGAGAGACGGUCAGAGUAGAGGAUACGGGUUUGUUACCUUCUCAAGCUCUGAAGGAGUAAGUAAAUGCUUUUUUGCGUGCCCCCUUAUUCUUGAAGGGAGACAGCUUCAUAUAAAGCUAGCUGCAAAUGCUCUACCUUCUCGACAACAGACGAAGCUGUUUGUAAGGAAUCUUCAUGAGAAUACAACAGCAGAGACCCUUAAACAAGCAUUUUCUUGCUUUGGUGUUCUAGAGGAGUGCGUUGUUGUUCGUGAUGCUGAGGGGCGCAGCAAAGGAUACGGUUUUCUUAACUUCUCCUCGCCUCUUGAGGCUUUUAAAGCUGUUCAGAUGAGUGAAAGGAUUAUUGAUGGUAGAGUUGUCUUUGUUCAUUUCGCUGCUUCUUCUCCUUCAAGAGGUGGAGGGGCUUCCAACAAUGCAGCAGCAGCAGCAACAGCAGCAGCAGCAGCAGCAGGAGGAACAACAGCAGCAGCUACUGCUCAGACUGCUGCUGCUUCUGCUGCUGCUGCUGCUGCUGCAGCACAUGGGGGGCAUAGGGCCUCCUCUGCUUCUUCAUCAGCACAUGAAGAGACUUUGACUCAACAAAGAGGAGGGGGAGGUGGUGGUGCAGGGGGCCCCCCUCCUCCAGGGGGGCCCCCACCUGCUGGGGGCCCCCUCUCUCAUCAGCACCCCCAUACACACAAGCCUCAUACACCCCACUACCACAGGAGAGCGCCUCUGCUAGGGGGGCCCCCCUCAGAGGCUCCUGUACGUGGGGGCCCCCCAGGGAGUGCGGCUGGUGCAGCAAACCUCAGCUGGGGGGCCCACAGUGGGGGCCCCCACCGCUCUCCUGUGCGCUCAAUACCCAGCGGAUGGGAGGGGGCCCCCCCUUCUGCAGCUCCUCGGUAUGAGCCUCGUUCGCGGCAUAGGAGACAUGCUGCUGAGCAUAGUAGGGGCCCCUUAGGUGGGGGCCCCCUUAUAGGGGGGCCCCCAGUUUCUCAGGGGCGUAUAGGUGGGGGAGGACGAUGUUUAGGGGGUGUGGGGUCUUCUGAAGGUAUGGUGUAUGGGGAGAGUGCAUUUAGAGACAUCUAUGGGUUCUCUUUGUCUCCUUUUCCUUUUAUCCCUCUGCCGUCUCCUUCUAUGCAAUUAACAGAUAUAGAGACAUCUCUAUCUGCUGCAGCAUACGCUCAGCUUGUCUCAUUUCCUUUGGGGCCCUUUAUGCCUCUCCCCCCCGACGCCCGGCAGCCGUAUGGCUCCCAUACUAUCACUAAGUAA